CCACUGGUCCGUCACAUGACUUUGGCCCAAACACCGUCAACAAAUAAUUCAGGGUGGUUUUUUUUUUCCUUGACUAUAUUGUGCCUUUUUUUUAAAAUAUAACGUUAAUGCAGUAAUCAUUGUAGCAAUGCUGUCGCGGCUGUUAAAGGAACAUCAAGCAAAACAAAACGAAAGGAAAGAGCUUCAAGAGCGGCGACGACGUGAAGCCAUCGCAGCUGCCACCUGUUUAACGGAGGCCUUGGUGGACCACCUGAAUGUGGGAGUGGCUCAGGCGUAUGUUAAUCAGCGCAAACUGGACCAUGAGGUGAAGACACUGCAGGUGCAGGCAGCUCAGUUUGCUAAACAGACGUCACAGUGGAUCAGCAUGGUGGAAAACUUCAACCAGGCAUUAAAGGAAAUUGGUGAUGUGGAGAACUGGGCACGCAGCAUUGAGAUGGACAUGAGGACUAUCGCCACAGCUCUGGAGUAUGUACACAAAGGCCAGAUUCAGACAGCAUCGUCCUAGAAUGCCCUUGCAGAGGGACAGCAGAACAGGGACAACACAUUGCGCUUUAGUAUUCUUCAGUAGUGUAGAUCUCGGAUUACUGCUACAGGGACGGACGAAUGGACUUGCUUAUGACGAACUGCUAAUUUCCUGACUGAGACUUUCAGCUUAAACCUAGACAUGUUUGCAGAUGAUGUUGUUAAAAGAUUAUGUAUUUUGUCUGGAAAUGUUUUUUCACCCAGACAACUCAUAUCAGGAGAAGCUGUGUUUUUAUAACACUGAGCUAUGAAAAAAAAUGUUUGCAUUACAAAUGUUUUAUUGUUUGUGUCUGUAAAUAUUUUUUUUUUUUUUUUUUUUUUUUUUUUUUUUUUUAAUGAUUCAGCAUUUGCAUUGUCGUAUGUUAGUGUCAGGAUGGAGGGUAACAGUCCUGAAGGCUCAGACACAAGUCCAACAUGAACAUGAAGCACAGAUAAGCCAGAUGGUGAUUGCCUCGCUUGUUAGUCACUUUGAAUAAAAAUUAAUAAAUGUAAAUGAAAUGUCAGUGUACUAAACCGGCAAGUUGCAGCAUGUGCUUACUGGGUUUUUAUAAAUAAACAAGGCUGGAAGUAAAGAUAA